AUGGUGGUGCUUGUUGGUGCGGUAGUCGAAGGCGUGGUUGUAGUAGUCGUGGGCAACGAUGUUGUUGAGACCGUAGUCACCGAAGAAGGCGCUGAACUUGGCAUUGUCGUAGUUGUUAGAGGUGAUGUUGUGUACUACAUUAACAUCUACAACCACUGCGCCGACUACUGCAUCUACAGGCAGAACCACAUCUGCGAUAUCAACGUCAACGUACCCAACGACAGCGCCUUCGUCCGUAACCUCGCUCUCAACAACGCCGUUGCCCACAAACACUACAACGACACCUUCGAACACCGCACCAACAAGCACCACAACCCUGCCUUCUACAACUGCCACAACGCCAAGUUCAGCUCCUUCUUCGGUGACCACGGUCCCAACAACAACGCCAUUGUCAACAACCACCAUAACUGCAUCCACGAGCACCGCAUCAACAAGUACCACAACGUUGCCUUCUACAACUACGACAAUGCCAAGUUCAGUGCCAUCUUCGGUGACUACGGUCUCAACAACAUCGUUGCCCACGACUACUGCAGCGACUUCCACGAGCACUGCCCCAACAAGCACCACAAUGUUGCCUUCUACAACUGCGACAAUUCCAAGUUCAGCUCCUUCUUCGGUGACCACGGUCCCAACAACAACGCCAUUGUCAACAACCACCAUAACUGCAUCCACGAGCACCGCAUCAGCAAGCACCACCACACUGUCCGAAUUCGACUAACACAAUGUUAA